AUUACUUUCACUCUUCUUCUGGUAAUGACCCGAUAAUUUCUUCCUUAACAGGUUUGGAUAGGAUAAUCGCUGCGGAGAGAAAAAUCAAGCAAUAAAGUAAAGGCAAGGCAAAAGAAAAGAGAGUGAAAAAGCCAGUUCACGAACUCUUCCUUUCUCCUACUCUAACCUAACGAAGUGGGUGAGGGUUUCACGGGCUUAAACCCAUUGACGGUCUCUUUCUUCAUCUUCCAAUCCAGUGGUCCAUCUCCUGCCACGCCAUCAUCUCCCACCGCCCCUUCCAGCUCGAUCUCGAUCAGGGUUUGUAAGAUGAAGAGGAAGACGACGAUGAUAAUGUGAGAGUUUUGGGUUAUUUAUCUUGCUCUUGUUCUGUUUUGGCGGGAGAGAAAGAAAUAGAGUGAAAGUAAUGGACCGAUCGGCGAUAACGGUGGGGCCCGGCAUGGACAUGCCGAUCAUGCACGACAGUGAUCGCUACGAGCUCGUGAAGGAUAUCGGGUCUGGGAAUUUCGGGGUUGCGAGGCUCAUGAGGGACAAGCAUACCCAGGAACUUGUUGCUGUCAAGUAUAUCGAGAGAGGAGACAAGAUAGAUGAAAAUGUACGAAGGGAAAUUAUCAACCACAGGUCACUGAGGCAUCCUAACAUCGUCAGAUUCAAAGAGGUCAUAUUAACACCAACCCAUCUGGCUAUUGUGAUGGAAUAUGCAUCUGGAGGAGAGCUGUUUGAGCGAAUAUGCAAUGCAGGCCGUUUCAGCGAGGAUGAGGCACGAUUUUUCUUUCAACAACUUAUUUCAGGAGUCAGCUACUGUCAUGCAAUGCAAGUUUGCCACCGUGACUUAAAGUUGGAGAACACAUUGUUGGAUGGAAGCCAAGCUCCUCGUCUGAAGAUUUGUGACUUCGGAUACUCCAAGUCUUCUGUGCUUCAUUCACAACCUAAAUCCACUGUUGGGACUCCUGCAUAUAUUGCCCCAGAAGUUUUACUGAAGAAAGAAUAUGAUGGCAAGAUUGCAGAUGUGUGGUCCUGUGGUGUAACCUUGUAUGUCAUGUUGGUUGGAGCUUACCCUUUUGAAGACCCCGAGGAGCCUAGGAACUUCAAGAAGACAAUACAUCGGAUUCUGAAUGUCCAGUACUCAAUUCCUGACUAUGUGCAUAUAUCACCAGAGUGCCGGCAUUUGAUCUCAAGGAUUUUUGUUGCUGAUCCUGCAAAAAGAAUAAGCAUUCCUGAAAUCAGGAAUCACGAGUGGUUUCUAAAGAACCUCCCAGCAGAUCUAAUGGAUGAUGGAACAAUGAACAAUCAAUUUGAGGAGCCCGAUCAACCCAUGCAGAGCCUCCAGGAAAUCAUGCAGAUAAUUUCUGAAGCUACUAUACCUGCAGCUGGUACCCAGAGUCUUAACCAGUACUUGACUGGCAGUCUUGACAUCGACGAUGACAUGGACGAGGACAUGGACUCUGAUCCUGAACUUGAUAUGGAUAGCAGUGGGGAGAUAGUUUAUGCAAUGUGAUUGUGACGACGAUGCCCAUCAGACCGGGAUUGCUUCUUUCUUGUUUGGUGAAUUGCUAUCCUCUAGGUUGGGCCUUUUGAAUACAGGACAUGGAAGAGAGAACUCUAGUACUGCAAGUUACCUUGUUUCUAGCAGUCCUACGAGCACGAUUCCUCGAGCCCUGAACAUAUUUUCUUGUGAAGUUAUUCAUGCUGUAAUGUUUGUUGUGCCUGGAACACUUUCAAGUGGAAUAAAUUACUAGUGUGUACUUUCCUGUAAAAUAGAUGUGAUAAUGUGUUGUUAAGUUAAAAGUUUGAUUCCUUAACCA